CCCCCCCCCCCCCAUUCUAAGAAUAUCAUCGUUUCACUCCUCUGGUCAACGACCCAUUCCCUUUAAAACACCCGGCAUACCCUCCCGACACUUGGUUCCUUUUUUCCUCUUUUCUUCUUUUUCAAGAUGUCAUCCGCCGCCCAAGAAGAAUUCAAUCAACUCCUUCAGAACAAUCGAGACCGGUUCUCGACUCACCCUGAAGACCGAGACAAUCACUCCGAUCGAGACGAUUCCGAUCACUCCUCCGACGAUAACGAUCACGAAGACCACAACCGCCCUCACUUCUCCGACGCAGACGACGACGACGACGACGACGACGACCUCCACAGAUCCUCUGCCAUGCACUCCCGGAACACCAGUACCUACAAGAUCCCCAAUGCCACCUUCGAUGCCAACACAGGCCCCAAGGGUGUCAUCGCCGACGCCCAGGCCUUCGAGCGUGCCCGCAAAUCCUCCUUCCGCCGCACCCUGCUGAGCGUCGCCGGCAUUGACCGACCCCACUACUCGAUGAAGUCCACCACGGACGACGCCACGCUGCUGCACAACUCCUCCCCGCCUGACGGGUCCUCGGGCAGCGACGACGAGGAGCGGUUUCUGCGCCAGUGGCGCACCUCGCGCAUGCAGGAGAUGCAGGCCCGUACGCUCCGCAAGCCCAGUCCUCGCCGCCGGUUGUAUGGGUCCGUCGACCACGUGGAUGCCGUUGGGUAUCUGGAUGCCAUUGAGAAGGUCACUUCGGGGACGGUGGUGGUCGUCUGUCUGUAUGAUCCGGAGUCCACUCCCAGUGCCCUCGUCGAAGACUGCCUGAACACCAUCGCUCGCCGCCAACCCACCGUUCACUUCAUCAAGCUGCACCACGAAAUCGCGGAGAUGGAUAAUAUCGAGGCCCCGGCGUUGCUGGCGUACCGCGACGGGGAUGUCUUCGCCACGAUCGUCGAGAUCAUGCGCCAGAUUCCCAAGGGGCGGAGUCUGAGUGCCGACAGUCUGGAGGACUUGUUGAAGAUGCACCGCAUCCUUUAAAGCAACACCACUAAUCCCAAUUUGACGAUCAAUCCCGAUCCACGUUCACGCUACGCUGCACAUGUCCUCUCCCAUUCAAUCUCCAUCUCAAUUUAAACUCGACACACCCACCUCCGUUCACCACACCACACCACACCACACCACCAUCAUUAAUCCAAGCAUUGCAAUGCACCACAGCGGGCGUUUUACUCCUUUUUCUUUUCAUGUUACAAAUUCAAAAUCCGGGCUCGCAUAUAGAAUUCGUCAUGGUGUCGUCAGGGUUACUUUACUGUUUGUCUUGAUUUGAUUUUAUCCUGAGCUUGAAGAUAUCCUCCAUGGUUUUUUUCUCGUCACGAUAUGAGUUUCCUUUCUUUUGGGAUGUCUGCGUCAUCAUCUUUGGUUUGGUAGUUGUGUCCUUCGCUUAGUCGAAUCUCAGGGCUAUGGCUCUGGCUCUGGCUCUGGCUAUGUAUUAUUAUCCACUUUAUUCUAAUCACCGAUCAUCAUCGUCAUC